AUGGCGCCCUCUUCGCCGGCCGUCAAACGGUCGCUUUCAUCAUUCUCUGAACAGCAGACUGUUCCCGACACUAAGCGAAUCAAGCGCCAUUACCAUCACCACCAUCGUCUACGUGAACCGGUUACCCCAUGCUUGCCGGAGCCUGCUAUCGCCGAUGAUGCCUACGUCGACCGGGCCAUGGGACGCGUUAUAGGGCAAUCGCUACGAAACUGCGGGUUCGACAUCGCUGACCCACUGGCGGUGGAGAGUUUCCGCGAUGCAGCGGAGGAGUAUCUUCUGCGGCUUGCCUCAUAUGUGCGCACAUCUAUGCUUUCAAGCAGACGCCUCCAACCUAUCCCUCACGACUUCGAAUAUGCUCUGAAACGUCACCAUUUGCCUGUCGGCUCCCUUAUCCCGCACCUACAGCCUACCCCAAAAGUCGAACCCACCCCUACCCUACUACCUAGCCCUCCGCCAGAAGAGGAUGACUUCAAGAUCUUACCUUCUCUCGAACCAGAGUUAAGUGGUGAGGACGACCGCGCCAGGAGCACAUACAUCCCGAAACACUUUCCCGAGUUCCCGAGCAAACAUACCUACCGUCACACACCAGUCUAUACCGAGCGAGAACGAGAUCCUCGUAAGAUCCGUGAGCGAGCAGCCGACGAUGGUCGGCAUGGAGAGGAAGCGUUGCGAAAGCUCGCUCGAGCGGCGUUCAAAGACAAUCAGGCCGGAUCUGGUGGUCGUGCUAAGAAACGGUGGGGUGGGAAGACGGAGAGCUUCGAGAGCAUGUUUGACAAGACGGUCAAGGGGUUAACCAAAAAGGUGACAAAUAAUGAAGCCGCAGGCCCCACAGGCAGUUCAAACGCGAUGGAAAUCGAUUCCGGCAUCACCCCGGUCACUGAACGAAAGCCCGCCGUAUUUAAAGGCUUAACUAGCAUUGAAUUACCACCCAUCAUAAAUUGCGAACGGGGCUUUUGGCGGCGAACCGCGGCGCCAGGGAGACAAAGGCCGGAGGAGAAUCCAAGCGCAAAGCAUAAUCCAGAACUGUCAAGAGUUGAGAGUUGGGUAAGCACAUAAGAGACGCGGGCAGUUGUGGGAGCGAGAAGCAUCGUAGCGGCGUCGGGCGUUUCGCAUUUGUCCUUUUUUAUAGCAUUAUUCGAAGAUACCCAUGUGAAUUAUAUUUGUAAUUGCCACGAG